AAGACGGAGAGAUAAGAGUUUGUUUGAUUGAAACUGUGCUCAUUGUCGAUUCAAUUCUGCAUUUGUCAAUCAGAGGUACCGCAAUAUGGAUCAACUACCGGCAACUUUCGUGAAAGAAUUUCACGAUGAAUCCAGCAUCCGAAAGAUGGAAUAUCUUCCAUUUGGCAAGACUGGUUUGAAAGUAUCAAAAAUUUCGCUCGGAACAGGAACUUUGAGUAAUUUCUAUGGUGAUAAAGGUGAAACGGAUGGUAGGAAAGCAGUUCAGCUGGCAUUGAAGAGGGGCAUCAACUACAUUGAUACGGCGCCAUACUACGGGCACUACCGGGCCGAGGAGAUUUUGGGAGACGCUCUGCGGAAUGUUCCACGACAAGCGUACUACAUCGCCACCAAGGUCGGACGAUACGAAACAAACUAUGAGAGAAUGUUUGAUUAUAGCGCCGCAAAGACGCGACAAAGUGUAGAAAAAAGUUUGAAGCUUCUCGGUGUUGAUUAUCUCGAUGUGGUGCAGAUUCACGAUGUGGAAUUCGUAGACGAUCUAACCGUUAUCUGGAACGAAACAUUGCCCACGUUGGAAAAACUCCGAGAUGAAGGCAAACUUAAGUUCAUUGGUGUUUCGGCUUAUCCGAUGGACGUUCUGAAGCGGGUGAUAUCCGGUGCUCCGGGUCGAUUCGACACGGUAUUGUGCUACUGUCGCAAUACUAUGAUCGAUGAUUCGUUGAAGGAGUAUCUACCGUUUUUCCUGGAUAGUAAUCUGGCAGUAGUGUGUGCAUCUGGCCACGGCUUAGGGUUGCUCACCAAUGCUGGUCCUCAGGCUUGGCAUCCGGCUCAUGAUGACACCAAACAGGUGUGCCGUAGCGCAAGCGAUUAUUGCAUCAAGGAGGGUGUCGAACUCGGGAAGUUGGCCAUGUACCAUUUUAUCCAGAUGGCAGGACCUUCGACGUUCCUCAGUGGGAUGCAAACUGAGGAAUUGGUCGAGAUAAAUUUAAAGGCUUUCUAUAAUGGAUUGAGUGAAAGGGAGAAGGCCGUUAUGGAAUACCUUAACAAGAACAUUUUUACGAAAAUAAAACAUGCUAACUGGGAAGGCAUUGAAGUUCAAAGGUAUUGGAAUGCAAUGGCCUCACUCAAUAAAUGAUAACCGUAUUUAAAGUGUGACAUCUAAAUACUUUUUCAAAAAUUUAUCAAUACGCAUAUUUUUUAAACAAAAAUAAAUUUUAUUCAUGAA